UGCCAAGCCGAAAACCGCCACUUUUCCGAGAAUACUGCAUUGAUGCUCGACCUUUUGAAGGUUCAACUACCUUAUAUCCGAUUUCUAGUAGUCGUCUUGUCUAUCUUGGAUUAGAUACAACCGCAGAGUACUGUUUUCUGGUCAGAAUGAUGACUAAGAUACGCUUUCGGCCGACGGCUGCCGGGAAACCCGAAAACCUUCGGGUUGAAGAAUGUGGUUUACGAUACCCGCGGGCGGUGUAGAACCGUACGUGUUGACUGCAACAACCUGCUCUACUAUCUUCUAUCGCUAUUUAUUCCGGGUUGACACAGUGUUGAGCAUGCCGGCCUCGAGUACCCCGCAGUCGUUGAAGCGCAGACGUGUGGUGACAUCUUGUUCCGAGUGUUAUCGCCGAAAGCAAAAGUGUGACCGUAAAACUCCAUGCAACAAUUGCAAGGCCCGAAACGUCAUUGCCCAAUGUGUCUACGAUGCAUACGCCCCAGUCAAACCAGCAGACAAGCACCAGGAAUCGGCCUCCAAUGCCGAGUCCGGCACGGACCCAGUAGAAUUACUGGGAUCCGUAGAAGGGAUGGCCCAAGGCUCGGCCGAUCUUGGCUAUUCGCUGGUUUCUGACAGCAAUACGUUCGUGGGAUUGCAAGAAGUAUGUAAAAUCUUUGCCGGAGUGUACUUUCCCGCCGCCUAACUGACUGAAAUGAGAUCAUCGGGAAUGAGGAAUUUGAAAACAUCACAGUCCCUCGCAAUUACGCACCACGAACCCUACUACCCAAAAGGGACACUGAAACGUUCCUUGGAAAACUGCCGC